AUGGCACCAACAGCGAUUGACGACUAUCCAGCGGAACCUACCGUGUUCACCUAUGACAACCCAUCCAAAGCGGUGUUCCCGGAUGGGAUCAAGACGAGCGGCCAAUUCGACCCCAUCUACGACCAAAUGAAGCCUUACAGUGAGUUCCCGGUAGAGAUCACUGGCCCAACCGUCUGGGAAGCCGAGGACUAUGCGAAGAAGCCAGAGCAAUGGACGCACCGCUUCAGCGAGACAGAAGUCAAAGAGAUGAGUGACGCCGCCGAUGCGUUCAUUGCGUCUGACACACCAUUGACCGGCAUUUCCAAGAUCAAGUUCCCCCUCCCAACCAUGGAAUCCUUCCUCGGCGCCAUGCGCAACGAGAUCCUCAACGGCAAAGGCUUCAUCCUCUUCAAAGGCAUGCCCGUCCAAGCCUGGGGCAACCACAAAUCCGCUGUCGUCUACAUGGGUCUCGGCACCUACCUAGGCUACUUCGUCUCCCAAAACGGUCUCGGGCACGUUCUCGGACACGUCAAAGACGUCGGCGCCGACCCGACGCAAACCGACAAAGUGCGUAUCUAUCGCACCACCGCGCGUCAGUACUUCCACGCUGACGAUUGCGAUAUCGUCGGCCUCCUGUGCGUCGCCAAAGCCCUUGAGGGCGGCGAGAGCGAUAUCGUCUCCGCUCAUCACGUCUUCAACACGCUACAGCGCGAGCAUCCGGAUGUGGCUGAGACGCUUUGCGAGCCGAUCUGGUACUGGGAUCGUAAAGGCGAGAUCUCUGCCGGCCAGGAGCCGUAUAUGCGGCAGGCGGUUUUCUUCAAGGAGACUGGUCCGGAUGGUCGCGUCUAUAGCAAGUGGGAUCCUUACUAUAUCCACAGCCUUCGUCGGUUCUGGGACGCAGGCGUCAUCCCGCCACUCUCUGCCGCGCAGGAGAAAGCUGCCCGUGUGCUGGAGGAGACGUGUAUGCGGCUGUCGCUGCAUAUGGUGCUGGAGGUCGGGGAUAUCCAGUUCCUCUCCAACGCUCAUGUGCUGCAUUCUCGCACGGCGUACAAGGACUUCCCGCCGCCGGCGCCGCGGAGGCAUUUGAUGCGGUUGUGGCUGGCUACGCCGGAGGACGAGGGAGGGUGGAAGCUGCCGUUCCCGGAUUCGAAGCAUGCGAAGAGGGGUGGUGUGCAGGUGGAUGAUACGCCGCCGAAGGCGUUGUUGGAUGCUGAGUAA